AUGGUGCUAAACCAUCUCGCAGCGCCGAUUCUCACCACUGCGCCGAAGGGAGCACAGGAUUCAAGCCUACCAAGAGACGAACCGUGCGACCCAAACGUUCCCGACCAGCGCCUCAGCAUCAACAGACCCUGCAUCUACGAGCGUCGCCUCCCUGGAAACGCCUAUAUAACAGCCCACGUUCAGCGCCUCCAGCACGGUCACUACUCAACCUCUGCUGUUUCAGACCGUGACUUCGACCAUGUUGACUUCCUCGCCGUCAACUUUGUCUUUCAUUCGCCAGACACCAGGAAUCACCGCUUCAAGGCAGCGACAAUCCGCGCAUCUCUGCGGUAUCCCGGCUACAGCAACAGAGGCAGUGUAAGUCCCCCCGGGCCUCAUCGAAAAACAAACCACCCGCACUUCCUCAAACACGCGCCGCACUUUCUCCACGGCUCCAUUGUCCCGGAAACUCUGCAAUGGAACUAUAGUCUUUCAGGCUCGUUAGGCGUCGCACAGCUCCCGCUUUUCGCAUCCCUCUCGCCAGCAGCAGGUCUGAAUGGGCGCUUCAACCGCUAUGAGAUGAUGCGUAUUCAGGGCUCUGUGCGGAGCAAAAACGGGAUCCCCGCUAGUCAGAUCGUAUGGACUAUGGAGGAAAAUACUCUGCAGCGCUCGGGAUUACCGCGGGAAUUCACGUUCGCCAUGUUGAUUGCGAAGCCGGGGGCUGAGAGCCGGGUGCAGUUUGUGCUUGAGAUUGAGCCCGUGCUGCAGUGUUGGAUCUUGGGCCAGUACCCGGGCUGGUGGGUGAAGCUGUGGAAGAGAUAUCGAGCCGCUAGACGGAAGAGGGGUGUGGAUUUUCGGGUUAGUAUUGGGCAGCGGUUUGGAGACGAGUUGAAGCCGAGAUCGCACACGUAUUCGGGGCUGUCGAGGAGAGGGUUCAAUUUUGCGAAGUUGGUUGCUGGGUUGGACGAGUACGUAACAUUAUCAGGGGGCAGGGUUAUGGCAGCGGCUGGAGGGAGUUUCAUUCCGCAAAAGCCAGACAGCACAAUGCCACUGCCGCCGCCGAUAGAAGACCCAGCACCGGCCCCAAACCCCUACCCAUUGCCAAUGCCAUAUCCAGGCCAGCGACCAGUAGACGGAGUCCCAUACCCUUUUCCAAUGCCACCUGGACAGGUUUAUGAGCCAGGACGAGCCCCUGAGCAAGAAUCACGACAACCCCGUCACCAAUCCCGACGACAACACUCUACACCUCUUCGACCCCGCGAAGAGAGAGCAUGGGACAGAGAAUCGAGUGAGUUGCAUACGAUCCUCACGAAUGCACCGAAAGUGCCUGCCAGGACCAGCAGCAGCGGACAGGGCAGUACUUCGCGCGCCAAGUCACGGCAGGGAUAUCGGCAGCAUCAGAAAUACUGGCGAUGA